GCUCGAAGUGGGCCGAAUGUUCACUAUCGAUUUCUAGCCAGUGGUUCGAUGGCUUCCACAUCCGAUCCCAAAAUAUUACCAUGCACGUUUGGUGGCAUCGAAUUCGCAUAUUCUGAUACCGCUCUGAGACUCUGGAAGCCAAACAACAGCUUUAAUCGAGCUUCUAUCAUUUGUGUCCCAAACAUUUUUGCUGGUGGAAAAUAUUCACAAAGCUCGAACGAUGCGUCUGCUGUUGCCCAUGUGUGGAUAACUGUGGAUCACAAUUUGCAUGCAGAAUGCAACACAACUCAAGACUGUUUGGAUGGAAAUUCAGCAUGUAGCAAUAACUUCACAUGUCAAUGCCAAGCAGGGUUUACGGAAAUCCACCGAGAGGAAAACAAAACGGAGACAGGCUGCCUAGUGGAGGGCGAAUGCAGGGAGAAAAAUGAUACAGCAGGCGACUGUAUCGGAUGUCGAUUAAUUCGUGAUUUAUGUGGAUGGUCGGCAGUUGAACCACAAGACAAUCACCUCAACACGACUGCUCUGAUCGCCGGAUUCUUGAGCUUAGGUUUACUUAUUAUCCUAGCAGUGCUUCUGCUUGUGUUUUUGUAUCGACGAAAUAGACAGAGGGAAGACAAGAUAAGGUGUGCAGGUACAACGGCAUUCAACAAUGUAGGAUAUGAAUCAAGCAAAAGUUGCAAGGAAUAACAAACCAGAACGAAUUUAUGCACAAAGAGAUACCUUUCCGGAGACGUUUGUCUCGUACAAAAGGAGCUUGAAGUCGUUCACCUGCUAGGGUAGACGUUUGGUCGUGCGUUACGUAAAUACUGAACAGAAACUUAUUUUAGAGGGACGUACAUCUAUUUUGUUUAACCUGAUUUCUUUGCUGGCACAAUUUAGAACUUCAUUACGAACAGUGCAAAAUGCCACCGGGAAUGCACAAUCCAUUGAUGUGGUGUAUAUGUCAUAUAGUCUUCAUAUAUGGUAAUUAUCAUGUAUUCGAAUUAAGUUGUUUACAAUCAAAUACACGAACAUAACUACAAGUUCGUCUCUUUAUAUAUGUUUCUUUAUAUAUUGAAAAUGUAUUUUCUGGACAAACAUCUUUACGUUAUUAACUUA